AUCUUAGGCGUAUUUUGCUUUUUCUUGAAGUUGAUAGAAAGGCCCACUUUCCUACUUUCUUCCACUACUUUGUUCAGUAGUGCUUGUAGCUUCUCUUCUGAUAUUGCUAUGAUCGCUGUAUCGUCUGCGUAUCUUAUAUUUGUGCUGUUUCUUCCCCCAACAAUAAGUCCUUCCAAUUCGUGUAGCUCUGUUGAAAAGGUCUGGUGAAAAGACGCACCCUUGUAUAAUUCCCCUACGCACUUUUGGGCUGUAGGUUACGUAUCACAACGAUACAAUACCAAUCAUGUUAUGAUUCGUAGAUCGUGGGACAAUGCCUUAGAUCGAGUCGUCAAAUUUGUCAAACCGUGCCAUGACGUAACGGGACGAUCCACGGGUACCUGACGGUACGAUCCAUGUAUCACGGUACGGUCUAUCGGUUGUCAUUUUGUCCACGAUGUGACUCCAUAACAUCAGCUGGUCAGAGAUGUUUCUCAACAUGUUUCUAUGUGUAUUUUGUAUACAUGCUUCUUUUUAUAAGAACCAGUAAUUUUAGGUUCAAGCUGAGAGUUCUUAGUUUUUGCAAAAAUCUGACGCUAGGUCUUUCUUAAUUUGUUCCUAAAUUAUUAGGGUGCAAGCAGUGCGAUUGCUAGAGGUGUUCAAACAUCACUUGCCAACAAAACGAGUGAGACAACAUUCAUUUGACAAUAAGAUUGAAUAUUCACCGAAAGGCACCCACAUAUGGCUAAAAAUCCUCGUUUUUGGGAUAAAAUGUUGUUCAGAAUUGCAUUUUACAAUAGCUCAGCCUUAGCCUGUUCUUAUUUUGUUCUCAACAUUUGAUGCACAGUUAGCAAGCUUCUACCCUUUUGAUAAAGGGUGUCGAUGUCGACUUUGGAGUCCUUUCUCUCUUUGCGAACCCCCACCUUGAAAGUCACAGUUCUUUCUCCGUAUGUUUCUUCUCUGAAAGCUUGUUCCUUGAAAUUAUCUAUUAAUUCUUUAUCUCCAUUUGCACUAAUUGUUGUUUUUAUUUGAACGAUAUGCUGCUGGUAGCAGUGGUGGAUCUCAAGGGUGGCGGCAACUAGGGGCAGUUGCCCCUCUCUCACCGAGUGGAAACAAGUCUGGCACUUCUUUUAUGGAAAUUGUGCACCCCUUUUGAAGAAUGAGAAUGAGACUCAGGUGAAAACGUUUCUGAGACCUAUAGGUUAAUCUACUUCAAGGAUUACCUCAGAGUUUACUUGUUCAUUCCAACUUGCUAACCAGGAAGAUAACAAAGGCUAUCCAUAAAAUUGUGUUUUGUUCUGUAAUUCCUGCCUUCAUUCAAACAUUGCUCAAUUUCUUGCGCUAAAAAGUUGUCAUUUGUUUCAUCUAUGUUGUAAAUUGUUGUCAAAUUGUGUAAAGGGCACUUGGCUCGAUAGCCCUUCUGAGUUUUUUCCAAGUGUCCUAAGCUUACCAAAUUAAAUCGUAUUAUCAGUAUAUUGUAAUUAAAAGUUUUUGAAUUAUCAAUAUGAAAUAAAAUGAAAUGAAGUUCAGUUAAAAUAUUUUCUCCAGCGAGGGAAGGGCCCGUAAAUUUUUUUUACACAGUGCCCGGGUGGCGAUCGCCACUUUUCCACCCGGGCCAGGCCGCCCCUGAGUCUGCAGGCAGAUUCUUUGAAUGCACCAUAAAGGUUGAACUGUUCAGUGUUUCUUCAAAUACGGCUUCUGUUCUAACUUUUAAGUUGGUCAAGUUGGUACUCUGGCCGAAAUUGGAAAAAGUUUUAUCUUCCUAACAAUUAUAAAGACUGUCGCUCUUUUUCGGUCUACUUGAUAACAAUGAUAAAAUCUGCGCUUUAUAUAAAGUGAGCAGUAGACUCCGUAGAAAAGAACCUGGUUAUCAAAACAGCAAUUUCAAAUGUUUUACACCUGCUAUCAAUUCUUUCGCAAUGAUUUAUCCAAGGCACAUAGCUUUCAACAUUUCCCUUAUUCCCAUUUAAAAGGUUUUCCUUUCUUUUUAAGUGAAAAACAAAUGUUAUGAACCAUUGUGAGCUAAGAACUAUUUAGAUUUAUACCUGUCCAAUGAGAAUUUGAGAUCCUAUUUGAUCUUCUUAACAAAAAACUUAAAGAACAUUUUCAAGCACGCGUGUCUAGAAGUCCCAUUUAUUUGACAUCAAUAGAGCCGUGCCCACAGCCGCAGAUUUGCUAGCAGUCCUUUACAAGAUCGUUUUUACUCGGGUUUCAAUUGUACUGAAUUUUACCGUUCUCUUGAAUAAAAUUCUUAGUGUUUUGCUUUAUUUAUUCUUUUCUGAAAAGUAGUUUCAUUACUAAACUUCGAUAUACUUUUCUUAACCACGUAAGAAAACCUCAUAGAGUUAGGAAACCUUCACAUUACAGGGAAUGGCACGGAAUGGAAGGAAUGAUCAGUGAUUAGGGUCGCUGACUAAAGACACAGGGGUCAGUGGUUCGAGUCCCUGGCAUGAACAAACCUUCCCCCAGAGUGAGGAGAGUCGCCAGCUCUCUGUAUUUCCAGGCGUGUAGGAAAAACAAGACGUGGUCACAUCGAGAGAAAGUACCAGGACACUGCUCGAUAAGCACAGCUUUUCAGUGUUCUAUAACUACCUUCGGAAGCUAGGUAGCAAACAAUACAGGAAUUGAAAGGGACUAAAAAUCUCAUUGCUUUCCCAAUCUUAAAAAACGAGUUAAAGAUUCAAUUUUUUAACAAAUGUUAUUCAACAUACUUUGAAAAGAAAAUGUUUUGUCUGUUUUCAAAUUAUUCACAAGUGAUUCAAGAUUUUUGAUAUCUAACGCAUUAUGGUGCAAACUAUAGUGCUUUAAGUUAAAGACAAGCUUUUGUUUUCCUACCAUUUCGACUAAGAUUUAUACAGUGGCAUUCACUCAUAUCUAAUUAAUGGUAUUGUCGAUAAUCCCGUUAUUUUAUCAAAAUAUUUCACAAUCAUUUUCUUUUGUUUGCAUCAAAUAAGAACGCCAUUUCUGAUUUAAGACGAAUUCUGAAGCGUUAAUCCCUUUCCAUUAACAUUUUAUCUGUUUUGGUAACAAUUUUUGCAUUAUCAUGUUACUGUUUAAACAGUUGGAUAAAUUUAUUUUCGACAGCGAGCAUUGAGAUAAUCUGUAUUGUUUUUGUACAAAUCCUUAUUUUUGACACAAUUUUCAUAUACAAUAUUAGGGUUUCCUAUUUGCAUUACAAAAGGGUUUAUUUUCUGAGAAGACAUACAUUCAAAGAUACUUUUUGUUCUAUAUUGCGCAUUCUGUUGAUUGACGUUUCAAUACCCCUCUUGAAGUAUUACAGUCAAUAGAUUUUAUAGCUGGAAGAUAGUCUGUAAAAAUAGGGAGCUCUUUACAUUCUUAAAGUUUCACCGCAGUCGUAUCUUACACCAAGACAACUAUAUCUUACCAUACCAUAUAUCUUAGGCCCUGGCCAUACCAUAGAUUGUUCCGAUGGUUGUUACUUCCCUGUUGCCAGGAAGACGGUGAGAAAUAGAUGACUUGAAACGCAUCUAUAGAAGCAGUUGUUGCUAACACUGGUGAAUACAGCGGCAACUUCGUUCUACAGUGACAAGGUAUAUAUUAUGGACAGUCGUACUUAUUUGUGAUCAUAAAUCAUCAGCUGCUUUUUAAGGAAAAAUUCAAAGGAACGUGCUCAUUUAAACAGAUACAUCAACAGUUCACACUGACAUUAAAUUGGUAAUACUGCCAGUGUUUCUCAAAAGUCGAUGAAUAAUCAAAGUUGAGAAAGCAGGAUCGAAGUGCAAUUGUGAUUUUAUCAAAGCGAUCAAAUUUCGUGGUACCGACAUGUCUUUGAAUUAUACCACGUUUCCUUUGACUGACAACUUUACGUUAACGACUCCAGUGAAUGGAACGCCUCCAUGUGUUUAUCUAAAAGUUGAUGCUGGCACAGUCACGUAUGCAGCUUUUAUGGUACUAGUAAUGAUAGUGGCGCUUCUUGGCAAUUCACUUGUCUGCAUUGCUGUUGGUCUGUCGCCAAAACUAAGACAAGACCCUACCACCUACUUCAUUAUCUCUCUUGCAGUGAGUGACAUGGCUUUUGCCAUAUUUCAAGCUCCAAUGAAGAUUUCUAUAAAGCUCAAUAACAACAAUUUUUGUUUCGGUAUCGGUGCUUGUCUGAUGCUGGUUUUAUCAGACCUGAUCUUAACACCAGCGACUAUAAUCACUUUGUUUGUUAUCGCUGCUGACAGAUUUUACUGUAUCGACAAACCAUUCUUGUACCAAGAGAAAGUCACCAAGAAAAAGGCUAAGAUCGUGGUCGCGUUGGUUUGGCUAUGUGCUUGUAUCGUAGCUUCUCUUUUCCUUUUUAAAUGGGAUGACCCAAGCCAGCCAUCAGUCAAAGGCCCAGGUUGCAUUACGGAUAACAAGUAUUUCUACUCAAUGCUUAACUUCCUAGUCAUCUUAAUCCCACUGGUUAUAAUGGGUAUAAUGUAUUCGAUUAUACUGAGAAUAGCUCUGUCGCAUAUACGAGCUAUAAAGAAGACAAGUCGGUUGCUGACAGUUCAGGAUGAAAACGAGAACAGGCGCUCCUCCAAGAUGUCCCAGCGACGGGCGCAUCGCGAACUACGCGUUACGGCCACAUUAGCUAUGGUUUACGGGGCAUUUGUCAUAUGCUGGCUGCCAAUGUGUAUCGUGAAUAUAAUAAUGGGUAUCAAAAAAGAAGUUCUUCUCGGUUCGUAUCGGAAAGUACCUGAAAUCUUCGUGAUCAUUUUUGACUGUCUACCAAUGGUUUCUACGGCGGUAAAUCCAAUUAUCUACAACUUCACCAACAAACAAUUUCGAAUGGCAUUUAAAGUAGCGAUGCAUCGUUUACUUGGAAAUAGGGAGAUAUUGCGCAGAGCAACAGUCAUUAAAGAGUUAGGGUCAUAUGGCAAAAAAGAAGCACGCUUUCAGAGAGCUGCCACCAUGGAAAUGCGGCAUGUGAAUGGAGACAAAGACAAGGUUCUUCCGCGGCUUUAGGGCUGUCAACAGUUGUAGUUAAUCUUUGAAGAACUCUGUUUUUCUGAUACAUAAAUUAAUCAUAAAUACAUUGACGUCAAAUAAGGGUAUUACCGGCUCAAGUUUAAAAAGGAAACUAUUAUCACAAAGCCUGCGUUACUUGAAUGUAUAUCAGUUUUAACAGAAUUUUAGUAAAUUUUGACAGCAGUUGAUUGAACUAAAGAUCCGGAUUUGCUCAGAUCCUCGCACUUAUGUUCCGCUAACAGCUUUUUAAAUUAUAAAUAUGGAUAUGAAGGAAGUCGGAGAAAUUUUCUUAUGGAAUAAAAGCAAGUUUUUGCGGAUAACAUCUGCUUCUGGAAUACCAUUAGUCUUAUUGAGUAAAUGACCUGCCUGUUUGUAACGAAGCCUGUGAAAGAGUUUUGAUUUUGACCAAGGUGGAAAUAGUUUCAAAUUUUCCUUCUGUUGAUUAUCUCAAUUUGGCACCUUUCGCUUUAAACAAUUUAUUUGAAUAUAAACAGCUAAGUGAGUGUUGAUGAGAUCUGUUUUUGUUUCAUGAAAAUAAUUACACUGUUCUAUUAAUGUACGAAAGACCCUUGGAAAGAAAUGAUGUCUUGUGUAGUAUUUUAGGGAAACUCUGUUGUAUGAGAUUCAGAUUCAGAUUGUAAAAAUAACAUCUUCUGUUCAAAGGGCACUCAAGGUUUUCAACUUGUGCCAUGACAAAUGGAACAGGCGUGCAGUAGAAUGACGCCUGUGAAAACAGAAAAGUUUUUCCUAAUUUAAAUUUCGAACAGCAAUUAACCAUGACAUUGCUAAAUACUUUUUGGUGGUACAAAUCUGAAAAAUGGCUUUGAAAAGAGCAAACAUUUUGAACCAUACGAAAGCUUUUCAUCUGGCACUCUUUACAGCAUAAAACGUCAUAACAUAAAUCGAAAACUCUAAGCCAAUCAGAAACCCGGGCACAAGAUAGUUGCCCAAUCAGAACCGUUUGCCUAUACUCUGAGGAGUUUCAUCGGAGGAAAAGCUUUAGUAUUUUUCAAAAUUUUUGCAUUUUCGCAUUUUUGAUAUUGCUCCUUUAGUUCUGAAAAACUGGACCCGGAGGGGGGAGGGUAGCUAAGCCUAAUUUUUUUUGGGGGGGGGGGCGUUCCAUUUUCAUUAAAAAAUUUGGACCCACAAUUCUGCACAUGUCUGAAAAAAUGUUCCCCAAGUUCGGCAAAAUAAAAAACAUUUUGAAGCACAACAAAGUCAUCAAACAAUUUUUGCAUGUUCUUUGUCCCAAAAUCUCAAACAUAACACAAUUCUAACUGGACAUUCUUUUUGUUAAUGCUAAUUCUCCCUCUGAAUGACUUUGCAACAUGUUUCCAAAGUAGGUCCCAUAAUUCUGCAUGUUUCUUCAAAUAGUAACCAUAGUUCCGCACAUAUUUCAAAAACUGAUACCGAUUAUUCCACACUUUUCAAACGAAUGAUGCCACGUCUCCGUACCUUCAAACAUGUUGGGGGUACCCUCUCCCCUGCAGUACUAGACAAAGCCCGCAUUGUUGUGAAGAGGUUUUCAGAAAUGGGUCCAGGUGUCAAUUAUUUCUUUGGGGGUGCAGGGUGGUAAAAACGAAGGUGAACCCCGAAUCUUUAAAACCUGGCUUUUGAUGCUCCAAACAAAAUACCUCGUCAGUGAACGUAUAAAAAAUGUAACUGCGAAGUAGUAAUGAAAUGUAACUGAGUACUGCGAAGUAGUAAUGAAACUCGUAUAAGGCAAUCACUAAUAGCAAAUACUUUUGAAGAUGCCGCUGCAAAGUGCUUUAAUGCCUUACCUGGACCUAUAAAAUCUCAGUCUAGCUUCAUAACGUUCUGUUCCAACUUGAAGAAGCAUUUAUUUGCAAAAGCAAACAACAAAUUGGACUAAAAAAACAUUAUUUCUUUUUUUAAUUAUGUAACUGUUAUUAACUUUUGAACUUGUAAUUUUACUUUGCUUUACAUCUUAGAGGUGAAGGGCCACACUUGUAGUGGAUAUGCUCGAUUGUACCAUUGUUAAUAUUAUUAUUAUCAUUAUUGUUAUUAUUAAAUGUUGAGAAGCAGAGUUAUCCUUUAUCUGUAAUUUACAUACCUUCUUCGAUUGUGAAUACAUACAUCAUUGUCCAUCUUGGUUGUAAAAUAUUGCGUAUCAGUUAACAGUUAUUAAAUUUAUCUGAAUACUGAUCAAGGGCAUGCUUGUAUAUCAAAAGCAACUUUCGAAAUUUAUCAUUUUUUGUAUAGUUGUAGUAGUUUUUAAUAUGUUACAAUUACCAAUACCUUCCAACC